UCCCAAAAUGCCCCUGUCCUCUUCGUCCCAAUUUUCUUGUUUCCCAAAAUACCCCUGCUGAGCUCGUCUCCUCCGAACAAAAUAUUUAUAUAGUGGUAGAUCGUGGAGAGAUCUCUUCGUCCCCAAUUUCCUCCCUCUCUCCAUGUGAAAAUCCUCUGUUUUUUGCCCCAAGGUUUCCAAUCGAAGCUCGAUAUUGCUAGGAUUUCGAUUUCAAUUGCUCUUUGCGAGUCGAGUUUUCGGUUUUCUCGAUCAAAUUCGAGCUGUUUCGUGUAGGAUUUUGGGGAUUUCGCCACCGAUUUGUGUCAUCGGAAGCUAGGGUUAGGGUUUGGAUUAGGGCUAGGUUUAGGGUUUCGGUUGUUGUUGUGGAAGGAUGGGAGCCAUGAGGGUGCACCCGGCGCCCAAGAAGCGGAACAUCACCAUCCGCUACGACGCCAACGCCAUCCUCGCCGCCGCCGCCGCCGGAGUCGGCGGAGGCGGGGGGCGGCAGAAGAAGCUCCGGCGCCUCCCGCACAUCUUCAGCAAGGUGCUGGAGCUCCCCUUCGGCGCCGACGCCGAGGUCUCCGUCGAGGAGGACUCCGACGGGUUCCGCUUCGUCGCCGCCGCCGACGACCUCUGGGACGACGUCCGCGCCCUCCCCGUCGAGAUCCACCCCGGCGUCAUGAAGGUCGUGAUCCGCCCCGCCGCCGCCGCCGCCGCCGCCGAUUCCGGUGAGGUCGACGACGGCGCCCUCGAGCUCAAUCGCUGGCGAUUCCGGCUCCCGCCUUACACCCGCCCCUCGCUCGCCACCGCCGCCUACGUCGACGGCGAGCUCAUCGUCACCGUCCCGAAGGGGGCGGCCUCCGACGAGGAAGAAGGAGGCGGGGUUUUGUCGCCCGGGGGCCGUCUCAACGGCGGCAUCGGCCGGCUUAUGCUUGUACAUGCAUAAGGAUUGGAUUUUGAUGAUGGUCUACACUUUUGGGUCAAUAAAUUGAAAUUAUUGACAAACACUUUAUAGUUGAUGGUCAAUAGCCUCAAAGAGCCGGAAUUAGAGUUAUCUUAUUCGCUUGGAAAGAUGAGAUGUCUGGCAGAUGUCUGACAGGAGACGAUGUAGUAGAUUCGAUCACCUUUGGUAUUAGCUGAAUUCACCCCCAUUACCUCUAUUGCGUAGGUUUGGCAUCUUAAACUAGUGGGAGACUUGGUAUAUAUUCAAAGUUCUCUUUGUUUAUGCGUCUAAGGUUCAUUCAAAUGUAAAGUCGUUCUCCAGAUUUAUUCUUAUUCCUACUUUCUGAGAACAUAUUACAUGUCUGCGGCUAUGGUUGUACUUAAAGUUGUUCUCGAGAUAUAUUCUCUGUAUAUAAUUGAUUGAAUUAUUGUUACUUUAACUGUAUUGUGAUUCUUUCUGGCUGCCGAGUAUGUGUUUUC